AUGGCAAAAAAGUCCCAGAUCGACGAGAAAAAGUCCCAGAUAAUUUCUCGACGAAAAUCCUUUGUUUUCUGCGACGAUCACGGAAUAUUUCGGACUCAUGAGAUUAACACAUCUCUUCCGAGCAUCUUUGGACCGUUUCAACUGAUAGCAACGAAAUGUGGCGGGCAUGUUUUCGCAAAAACACUGGUAAGUUAACAGGACCUGAACAAUCGAUGAAAAUCGAUCAUCGGAAAAUCAAUCGAUCAAUCGAUGACAAUCGAUUAAUUACUGUUGAUUAGCAUCGAUUGGCAUCGGCCAAUCGAUGAUCAAUCGAUAAUCACACCUAGGUGGUCGCGAACUUCAUCGAUUACCAUCGAUUGGCACUAAAUUCAUCUCUCCGCAUCUUCAGGUAUCGCGGGAGUGUACGCAGAUCGUAUAUUAUUUUUAAAGCUCAGUAUUAAAGUUUGAGAAUUGUUCAUCGAUGUGGCUCGGUGAAAAACAGCACAAAAAAUAAAGACAAUCAACAUGUCUCGUUGUCAGUAGUACAAACUUGAUCGAUUUAGUUUCGAGUCCAUUGCAAAGAUUCAACUGACCUGGGACGCAGAAAUGUCACGUAUAACAGAAAAUGUGUGCAUUAAAUUGAACAUAUUUUAUGAAUACUUAGCUAAACUGUUGGCUCCAAACGUUACAUCACGCUGUUUCGUUGAAGCAUAACAGUGGGGUUUGUUUUUCUUACACACAAAUCCGUAUUACGUUUCUAUGAAUUUUAAACUCGCGCGAAACGAAACAAGUUUUCUGCCACCAAUCAGAAGCCAGAACAGCGGGGACCGUUUUGAACUGGUCUGGUAAGCCAUUGUCCCCAGGGGCUCUUCUCGCCGUUCUUUACUUUUCUUCGUGCCAUAUUUUUCCGCCCGUUUAGACUUUCCCUCGCCCCCACUAUCUGCCCCUGGGUCUCCGAGGAUGGAAACGUGUGGGCAAAUAAAAAGUUACGCAUUGCUACUCGCUAGUUUUUACUCAAAUGAAAAGCAAUGAUAUCAAAAUGUGUAACUUUAUUAGUACUCGAUGAAAUUGACAAUUGAAAUGUUUGAAUGAAUAGGUAAUCGAUUGAUAUUGCAUUUUGAUAACAAUCUAUUAUGUUAAUUGAUCGAUUCCCAUCGAUUAUCGAUUGAUAUUGAUAAUCGAUGAUAAUCAAUAAUCACAAAAAUUUUCGUGAUCGAUUGUCCAUCGAUUACCAAUAUCAAUCGAUUAAUUGAUAUCGAUUGUCAUCGAUUGUUAUCGAUUGCCAUCGAUUAUCGAUUUCAUCGAUUGUUCAGGUCCUGAAGUUAAGCAUAUCGUUUACAGUCUUGUUCGCUACACGAAGCUAGAAAAAAGUUUCUUCGUAGUUGGGCAUGGGACUAUCACUGUACACUGUAUGUACACUAGUAUCAAAGGCUUCAUUUUCAUUGAACAAAAUGGGCGUUGAUUUCCUAGUUACAGGGCUAUAGUGGGCUUAUUUUGCCUUUGUUGUUCGAAUUGUUGGUAGAAAAAAUCACGAGAAUCAUUUACGGUAAAAGCGAAAAAAAAAAAAAAAAAAAAAAAACACUACAUACCAUUUUCAGCUGUUUGAAUAUGCUUUUUGCCCUUUAUAAUAACUUAGUAUCUUGAACUUGUACCUUGCAGCUCCCAGUUCAUGCAGAACAUUCUAAUAGUCUAUUUUGAAAAUAGCACCAGUAACUCAUGUAAUAUUCGGGUGUCUUAGUUUUACCUGAUUUUUAAUGAUAUGAUUAUCAUUCUGUCCUUUAUAUGAUUGCGACUUAGAGCGAUUUUACUUGACCCAUGAAUCAUUUAAUAACAACUAUUGCAAAAUAUAGCUACAAAUAAACAAAAGAAGACAAUAGAAUAAUUGCAUGAUAGUGCUUAGUAUUCUACUUCCUGUUUCAUGCGUUAAGUAAAAUCACUCUGAAGGAGUUUGCAAUUUUAGAGAUGGGAAAAUUUUGGAUAAUUGACACUUAAUCUUAAUUUACCUGCCUGACAGGCAUAAUUUCUGAGCAAGGUAUUGUACAUCAAAUGUUUAGUUUUUUAUUAUAUAUUAUUGUCUAUUUUUUUACCUUCCUUUACAUUAAUUUUCAGAAAGUUUUGAAGGGGAUGAAAGGAGAGUAUGUAAUAGAUGACACUGGGGAUGCGAAGGAUACAGGAACAAAAGGAAAAUGUAAUUAA